AUGGCAGGCAAAGGAAGUAAUACAGACUGCAUGUCAUGCAGUGUACUGAACUGGGAGCAGGUCAGCCGUUUGCAUGAGGUUCUUACAGAGGUGGUUCCAAUCCAUGGGCGAGGUAACUUCCCAACACUGAAGAUAACUCUGAAGGACAUUGUUCAGACUGUUCGGAGUAGGCUGGGUGAGGCAGGCAUUGUGGUACAUGAUGUCCGUCUGAAUGGCUCUGCAGCUGGUCAUGUCCUGGUCAAGGAUAAUGGGCUGGGAUGCAAGGAUCUGGAUCUCAUUUUUCAAGUUUCUCUUCCAAGUGAGGCAGAAUUUCAGUUAGUUCGAGAUGUGGUGUUGCGAUCUCUCUUGAAUUUUUUACCAGAAGGAGUAAGCAAGCUAAAAAUCAGUCCAGUAACACUGAAGGAAGCCUACAUCCAGAAGCUAGUGAAAGUGUGCACAGAAUCUGACCGCUGGAGCUUGAUAUCACUUUCCAACAAACAUGGCAGAAACGUGGAGCUGAAGUUUGUAGACUGUAUAAGACGGCAGUUUGAGUUCAGUGUGGACUCUUUUCAAAUCAUACUAGACUCCCUGCUCUUCUACUAUGACUACUCAGAAAACCCUAUGUCAGAGCACUUCCAUCCAACUGUGAUUGGGGAGAGUAUGUAUGGGGACUUUGAAGCAGCUUUUGAUCAUCUCCAGAACAAACUGAUAGCUACCAAAAAUCCUGAAGAGAUCCGAGGUGGUGGGCUUCUAAAGUAUAGUAACCUCUUGGUACGAGACUUCAGGCCCAUGGAUAAAGAUGAGAUCAAAACAUUAGAGCGCUACAUGUGCUCCCGAUUCUUUAUCGACUUCCCAGAUAUCCUGGAUCAGCAGCGCAAACUAGAGACCUACCUCCAGAACCACUUCUCCAAAGAAGAGAGGAGAAAAUAUGACUACCUCAUGAUUCUGCGCAGAGUGGUGAAUGAGAGCACAGUGUGUCUGAUGGGACAUGAGCGAAGGCAGACUCUCAACUUGAUUUCUCUGCUAGCACUCAAAGUACUGGCAGAACAAAACAUCAUCCCUAAUGCCACUAAUGUUACCUGUUAUUACCAGCCAGCACCUUAUGUUAGUGAUGUAAACUUCAGCAACUAUUAUCUUGCAAAUGCUCCUGUUCCAUAUAGCCAGUCCUACCCUACGUGGUUGCCUUGCAAUUGAGCGUUUCCCUUGAGAGUUCUUGCAUGGAGGCUACUGAAAGUCAAGAUGCUGAGUGUACAUAGAAACCUCUCUGACAGUUAUUUGUCUAAUGAGAAUAUACAACUUGCUUUGGACUGUAUUUACUGGUAUGUAGUAGGAUCGUGCAACCAGGUAAUCUGUUAAGAGCCUUUUAGUACAUCUUUGCAAAUGCCAAGAAGCCUUAUUGCCUCUUCACUGGGAAAAGAGAACCAGCAGCUGAAUGUUAGAGGAGCAGUUACAAGACUUGCUACUAAUCCUGGAAAAAGCUAUUAAUGUGUGACCUAGGUAUAACAUGAAGUAAACAGUGUUAGCUAAUAGAAGAUUAGCCUGAAUAGAAGAACAUGGAUGGCCAGUCCAUGUUCUGGCCAACUUUCUGUUGAAAUUGUGUUUUUUUUUUUUUUUUUUUUUUAAAAA